UCCCUCGCUAGGUUGUUGUCGAGGCACUCUCGUCUCAUCGCACCUUUCAUGCACUGUUCAAGUCAUUGUCCGUCAGCCUCGCAGAUGUUCGUAACACGUCAGUGAGCGCUAUGCCGACUGGCCGUGCGUCGUUUCGAUGGGGGAGCGUUGCAAGAUCGUGUAAGCACGCAGCUGAUAAAGGAUAUUGGAUAAAGUGGCAGUGAUUGAUACAGUCUGACUGAUCUUGGAAGUUACUCUUGCGGAGUCUGCGUCUGCCUGGCGUCUGCGAUGAGCUUUAAUGAGAAGACACGGCAUGAGGUGUCGCCGUUGCUUCUUCCGCGCGCUUACGCAUAUUCCGGAGCGGUACCUACUCAGACAAACCACACGGAGAGAUGCGAGGUAGGCCCUGGUGUGAAGCCCCACGGCGAUAGCGGGUUCCAAAGCACGAGGUCUUUCAUAUCCGUCCUGCUGGCAGCUGGCAUCGCCUCUUUGGGUGGCAUCCUUUUCGGCUAUGACACAGGCAUAAUAUCCGGAGCCCUUCUGCAACUUCGACACCUGUUCCACCUGUCAUGCGUGGGACAACAGCUCGUCGUCGGAACGUUGUUCCUGGGAGCAUUUUUAGCAUCCUUCUUCGGUGGCAUUAUCGUGGACCGUUUCGGACGAAAGACAGCGCUCCUGGUGGCUAGCCUACUCUUCGUCAUCGGAGCUGCAACUCAGAGUCUCAGCACGAACAUCUACAUGCUUUUGUGUGGUCGCUUGGUGACGGGUACCGCCGUGUCGCUCUCCACAACUGCGGAAUGUACAUACAUUUCAGAAAUCUCACCCAGGCAACAUCGUGGAAUGUUGGUGUCACUGAACGAGGUGGGCAUCACGGUCGGGUUCCUGCUGGCGUACACAGUCAACUACUCGUUCAUUUCACUUCAUAAUGGCUGGCAGUACAUGUUCGCGGCUGCCAUGUGUCCGGCUCUCUUACAAAUGGUGGGGACGCUCUUCCUCCCUCAAAGCCCACACUACCUCGUGCUCAAGGACAAGACUGAACAGGCGAGAAAAGUUUUGCGGCUAGUUCACCCAGAAGAGGUGGUGGAAGAAGAGAUAAAGUGCAUGAGCAAAGCACUGCACGCCGAGAAAAAUCACAGCUACGCUGACCUGUGUUCCAGCAGCUUGAAGGGUAGGAUGCUGAUAGGAAUGGGGCUUGUUUUCCUUCAACAGUUCACGGGACAGACAAACGUGGUGUACUAUGCCCCAACCCUGCUCAAGCACUUGGGCUUCUGUUCCAAUACAGCAGCGACACUGGCGUCGGUGGGACUUGGUGGCAUUAAGGUCGUUGCGGCCGUUUUCGCCCUUCUCGUCCUCGACCGCGUUGGACGUCGAGUUUGCCUGCUCCUCGGGAUCUUUCUUAUGGCAUCCAGCAUUCUGACAUUGGGUGUCUUCACGAAGACGGUGUUCAGCAGCGAAGGCGCACUUGUCGUACGCUGCAGCGAUCCGACCGUCACGCCUCCUCGCGCACCUUUCUUGAACCUCACAGAGCUUAGCCUAACGGAGUCUCCGCCGCAAGUACAAGGCGAGUUAGCACUCUUGUACAGCGUUCGCGAACACGAUUUUAAAGAAGAGGAUGCUGGAGAUUAUGCAAUUAAACGGGUCAACGAGACGAAAGAGGCUGCCGAGUCGCCGUCCGAGUGUGCUGGCACGGCUGAGGGUACCUCGUUCCAGCGGGGAGUGACCAUGGCAGCGCUCAUGAUGUACGUCUUCGCGUAUGGAAUCAGCUUUGGAACGACCACGUGGGUGAUUCUGAGCGAGAUUUUCCCAAUGGCCGUCCGAGGGCGCGCAAUCUCCGUCGCAACUGCGUUCAACUGGCUCACCAACAUGGCCGUGUCUGCAACCUUUCUCACAUUACUCAAUGCAGUGGGAGUGGGCGAGACCCUGAUCAUGUACUCCCUCGUAUGUCUUCUUGCCUUCCUCUUCGUCUUCUUCUGCGUGCCCGAGACGAAACACAAAAGUCUAGAAGAGAUUACCAAGGAACUUGACCAUGGGUUCAUUCAGUGGCGUUGGUCUUGUACGCUAUUUCGAGGGCGGAAGACGUGCGCUUUGGACGUGUCAACUCCUUCGACUCAGCACACGCCUUAGACGCCCACCUUGUUUGUUUUUCGUCUCCAUUGUGCUGUGAUCGCUGUCGGAACAGAUGGUGGGUACGCGUCGGUGUGGCGUUGCAUUGUGCGCGUUCACCGACGUUCGUAAACAUGGACGUGGACACACCGGUGGACCUAAGAUGGACAGAGACGGGGGUGAUGUUUGGCGGAAGAGUGAUCAGACUUCUCGUGAUUGGCGGCUCGGUGCACCAAAGGGGAGUGGAAAAGGGAAGGGUGAUAGAGGGAGGGGAAAUAUGAUGGUGGUGCAGGAGUAGAAGAGGGGUGACAGCCCCUCUUGCUCUGUACCGCAGAAAGCAUCCGAGCGUCCCUCAGUAACCUUCAUCGGGGAUGGUUCCUGUACCACGGUAACCGCCAGAGGAAUUGACGGAGUUACCCCAUCCGAUGGACAGAGGAGGAGGGGGCCAGUGGGGGAGGGGGCCGUGACAGCGCCUCUUCCCUCUCCUUCACCACGCGGACAUACAGAGUUGCGACGUCAUCUGCUUCAGCCAAUCGCCGCGGACGAUUUCAAACACAGGCUUUCUGUGGCUAGCAGUGGCUGCCCGUGCGACUUAUGGCGGCUCAUCUCCAUAGCUACGGCCGCCGAAAGCACAUCGUGAUUUGUGGACUCUUAAGGACUUCGCCGCGUCGUUUAUGUGGCUUUGUUUUUUAUAGAUGCCCUUGACUUUUGGCAGGCCACAUAGCCAUUACUUUGAUAAGAACGUCGCGGCAAGGCGACUGUGUUCCGCAAUCGCUUACUAUAGUCACAUGCACGUGAAACUACAGACUGGUUUGUGAAAGAAGCGACCUCCGUCUGAAAAGAAAAUCAACGAAAAUGUGGUGGUCUGUCCCAAAUGUGUGCUGCUGUGAACACGCAUAUAUUGAAAAAAAACUGUGUCCAAAGCAGUGGCUUUGAAACGUGCGGGUGUUGUCACGUCAAUUUAAUGAUUUCGAACUGUUGCAAGAGAGAGAAAAAGUGGAAAGAGGGGGUGCGAAUACUGAAGUUAUCUCUCUCUCUCUCUCAAACACUGAGGUAUCUUAACGCAUAAUUGAAAGGAAAAUUAAUUUGUCAUGAGAUUAAUUUCUUGAAUGAGACAAAACGUUUUUGUCUGCGAGUUGUGGGACAGUGGGGAGCGAGCCACAUGUGAGAAGAAGGAAUUAUGAGAAGGAAAGGGUUGGGAAAGAAAGAGUGAUUCCCAUCUAUUGCGCGUGAAAAUUAUCCGUACGCAGUGAAUUACCUUCCACGCGAAUAUUUCAAAUAUUUCGAGUUGUGUAUGCAUGCCGUAUUUAUGAAACCUCCAAUCAUCACUGAUUUCAUCGUGUGCGCUUGAACCAAUAAAAUGUACGCUGUGUCGCAAACAUUCGAAUCGCCCCAUUGCGGUUGAACAUUUUAUGCUUUUGUUCAGCCAUCUUAAGGCGAACUCAUGAAACAGAAAAUAAAGGGACAGCGCUGGU